CAAUUCUAAGUGCAGCUGUAAGAUUAAAUAUUGUUGGUCCAUAUUAUGCUCAAAGAAUGUUAACUGAAUGUCAAGUUUUUGUAGAAAAUUCAUUGGCAAAAACUUGUAAAUUACAAUCAAAUCAAGCUGUACAAACAAAUCCUUUAUUGGAUAUUUUACAAG